AUGUUGAUUAAAUCCAAAAGACUGAGUACAGAUUAUUAUAAUAUGAAAAUGUAUUAUUUCACUGAACUAGAAUUCCAUAUUCAACAAAUCGCUAAGCCAAACGGCGAAAUUACGAACCGAACUAGAGGUUAUUUCUUAUCCGGUCCGGAAAUGUCGAAUGGUUUAGAACAGUGGAAUACCAAUUUGGGAAGAAGUGCAAUCUUACAAUACGGGCUUGAAUUGAUCCAUAAUACGGUGAAAGAUGAAUUAGUCCCACGAUUACUGUUGGAUUGUGUAAAGGAAAUUUACAAAGAUAUACAUUCUAAUUCUUCAAACCUGGAUGUUUUCGUUUUUGACGAAGAAUUAAGAAAUGGUGCCACUCAGUAUAUUAUACCAGAAUUAGUCAUGUCUGAAUUAAACAAAGUUAUCCAACCAGAAGAAUUCAGUCAAACAGGCGAGUUACACAAACCGACUGUACACAAAUUUAAUGAAAAAAUAAAUCAGAAAAAGACUUGGUGUACAACUUCAGCAGAUAGAGCUGUAAAAAACGCCUUGGCAUUUGACAUUCUUGAAAGUAUUUUACUGGAACUAAUAAAGUUUACCGUACCAAGAAUUAUUAAAUAUACAAUGGGAGAAGAACUUGUUUUUAUAAUUAUUUUUGAAAAAACGUUGAGUAAAAUGAUCAAAGAAUUGGUUACCAGUGAAUAUAGUCUUCAGAGUAAUAUCUCGCGUGUGAAUCGGCUAAAAAUGAUUGAUAAGGUUGCAAGAAAAAAAUCCAGUGAUAUACUCGUCUCUAUGGCUAUCGACUCGUUGUUAUCACUUUCAAUCCCUGGUCCAGUUACUGGUAUAUAUACUAACAAUCCAAUUGAAGAGAAACUAUUAAAAACCUUAGUUUGUGACGCAUUGUUGAAUCGAGUCUGUGCAGUUAAUGAUGCUACCAAUAAACUUGGCGAAUGCUUACCUUUGGCUGCAUAUCACGAUAUGAUCAGUGAAGAUAUAUUUUUUACAGAGGCGUUAGAUAUGCUGAAAUACCACGUUGACAACGACCUUGAAGAUAUUGAUUUUUUGGAAACAGAUCAAGAAAUCAAGUCAGGUACAUUUACACCUCACAUUUUAAAUAUAGCAAAUUCUAAAAUUUUAACUCUUGAAAUAUUUGCUCAUUUAUUUCCUUUAUAUAAAUAA